AUGAGCCGCUCUAUCCAGGGGGCCGAAACAUUUCAUGACGGAGGCGUUGCUGACGGGGGCUCGGCUCCUUCAACCGAGCCGCAAUUCUCCGUACGCGUAUACGGUGACUCCAAUGCCGAGCCUUAUUGGCAAUCGAUUCAAAGUCUCGAUGCCAAACAAAGUAACAUCCUCGCACAAUACUUUGAAGGUGUCUCUAAAGAACUUUCAAAGCACAGAGCGGCUCGUGAACAAUUGAAAGAUACACAAAAGGACCUUGAUUUUAGCAAUUUCGGCCUCAGAGUGCUUGGCCUUGGCAUUUUAACCUAUGGAGCUCUUAGUUUGUGGAGCUUGGGUGUCGAUCAAGAGUGCAAGGCGCGAUUGCGAACCGCUUUAUCUGAGUGUAAAAAUAACCUCGAUUGGGUACGAAACAAUGGUUUCACCAUGGGAGAAGCGGAAGUCGAUCCGAAUGGCACUUGUCCCAAUGAUGAUGGAAUCGUUAUCGAGGUUUCUUCUAUGGAUCAAUAA